AUGGCCGCGCAGGGGAGUAUGCACAAUUUGACAACGCUCAUCAAAAGAUUGGAAGCCGCAACUUCACGACUGGAGGAUAUUGCCACUGCCAUAGAUGGACCUGGGGCGGCUGUCACCAACGGAGUCACCACUGCUUUGUUGCCUUCGUCAGCCCCGGCUGGAACCCCUGAGCAAGCGCCACCGCCGCCGCCAGAGCCCCUGCCCAGGUCCGUGGAGGCUUUUGACCAGAUAAUCCAGGAGGAUGUCGUGGCCUUUGUGAAAGCUGCAGAGAAGAUUGGUGGUCUGGUCGAAGAGCAGGCAAAGGCCGUCAAGGAGGCAUUCGAAGCUGAGCGGACGUACCUGCUCGUCGCGGCAAAGGCGAAGAAGCCUGAUCCUCAGCCUCCUGAGUUGAUGACAGAGCUUCACCGGCACACCUCAAACGUCGACGAAAUCCGAGAAGCCAAUCGACCGUCUCCUCUGUUCACCCAUCUAAGCGCCGUAUCAGAAGGUAUCGUGGCGCUGGGCUGGAUCGUUGAGAAGAGGCCGAGUGAUUUUGUCACAGAUACCCUUGGAGGUGCUCAGUACUACGGGAACAAGAUACUGAAAGAGUACAAGGACAAGGAUAAGUCACACGUUGAGUACAUCCAGGCGUACUACAAAGUCUUCCGCUCUCUGGCCGCCUACGUAAAAGAGUACUUCCCCACGGGCCUGACCUGGAACUCGAAAGAUGGCAUCGACGCUCUCGAGGCGCUGAAGCAAAUCCAGUCGGGUGCGGCUACCCCCAAAGCAGCAACGACCGCCGGUGGUCCCCCUCCUCCUCCGCCGCCGCCGCCUUUGCCCAAGUUCGACGACGAUGGUCCUCCGGCUCCUCCAUUGCCACCAGCCGGCGACACUUCGCAAGGUGGAGGUAUUGAUGCGGUCUUCGAACAGAUCAAUAAAGGAUCUGCUAUUACGGCGGGACUGAAAAAGGUCGACAAGUCGCAAAUGACGCACAAGAACCCGUCUCUCAGAGCCGGCUCCGCUGUACCGCAACGUUCCGAAUCCCAGACAUCUGUCUCGGCGCGUGGGAAAUCUCCCGUCCCCAGCAAGAAACCUGAAAGCCUGAGGGCUAAGAAGCCAGGUCGGAAGGAGCUUGAUGGUAACAAAUGGAUCGUCGAGAACUUUGAAAACACUCAGAACGAGCUUAUCGAGAUUCCUGCCGAGCUUAACCACAGCAUCUUGAUCUCCAAAUGCAACAAAUGCGUCCUGAAGGUCAGCGGAAAGGCCAACGCUAUCUCGAUCGACAAUUGCACCGGCUUGUCGAUACUGGUCGGAUCACUCGUGUCCAGCCUGGACAUCAUCAAGGCACCUAAGAUUCAGGUUCAGGUUGAUGGCGUCGUGCCUACAAUCCUGCUCGAUCAAGUCGACGGCGCUCAGAUCUACCUUUCCAAUGAUAGCUUAAGCACGGAAAUCUUCACCAGCAAGUGCAGCGCCAUCAACGUUGUGUUGCCGCCCAAGGACGACUCUGAAGAUGACAGCAAAGAACUGCCCUUCCCGGAGCAGAUACGCAGCGUGAUCAAGAACGGCACUCUUGUCAGUGAGAUUGUCGAGCAUGCAGGUUAA